AUGCUAAAAAUCGAAGCUGAAAUUGUUUAUUUUGAACACUGCAUCCAAUGUUCCUCCCACCGUUGGUGUACUAACCAUGACGAAGAAAAAUACAAAUCUUACUUCAACGAGUGCAGAAAUGCAAUUGCUUCAAAUUGCCGAGGGGUUAAUGUAGUAGAAAACCAAAUCCCAUUAGGAUUCAACACUAAGUUUAUCGACAUAAGUGAGCCGCUCAGGCCUGGAAAAAGCCAUUUCCCAAGAAUUGGGGCCUUUGAGGUUUAUUUCAGAGGCAAAUUAAUCUAUUCCAAAUUGCAGACUGGGAAAUGGCCAUCUGCAACAAGACUUGCAGGUAUGGUUAAGGACCUUAUGGAAGAAAAGAAGCAGCCAGUUCCUAAAGAAAAAGCCUUUAGCAUAAAAAAGAGAAGAUCGCAGAGCACCAAGCGAAGGCGCCCUGUAACUGAUAUGAAGAAAAAGAUCAGAAAGAAGCCAAAAAAGGCGAAAAAAAUUAGACAUUUAGAAGAAGACUCCCAUUUGACAAGUCAAAAUGAAGAAAAACAGCAGGAGUAUGCAUAUAAAGUUGACAAUUUUAAGAUAAAUAAUAAAGAAUUCCACGAAGACAGCCCGAAAGAGGGAACCUUGAACUUUGAAGAAAAACCCACAAUAAAGGACAAAAGCCCUAAAAAUAACCAUUUUUUAUUGCCACAGACCACUAAGCCAGAAAGCAGUGCAAAGCAUGAUGAAAGCCACUCAAGUUCUUCAUCAGGAGUUUUUCAGCCUCCCCAAGUCCCAAGAGGGCAUCAUUCUUUUAACGGCCAGUUGAAACAAAGUUCAGAUGAAUCUAAUAGCGAGUACAAUGAAGACUUUGACGCAGGAGAAGAAGAAGCUCAUGAGUCCCCUCACCAAUCAAGCCAUAGCUCAAGUCGCAAGCAAAGCCAUGAGUCUAGGCACGAGUCAGAUCAUGAAUCAGACCAGGAUUCAAAGCAUGAAUCAGACCAUGAAGAAUACGAGCAGGAUUAUGAGCAAGAUUAUGAGCAAGAAGACUACGAGCAAGACUAUGAGGAGGAAGAAAACAAAGACGAGCACCCCAAGCGAGAAGUCACCAAAAGCUAUAACGUCGACAUACCAGUCGGAAUGCCAGCUAAGAAAAAGAUUACUUAUCAAAACGUGAACUCCAACGACUCAGAAUUCUUUAUUCUUUCAUCACAUCCUGAGUUCAUGGCUGUAAAAGAUGAAUAUGUUACCAUUAAACGAGGCAUGAAAGAAAAAUUCCAACUGAAGUUCGAGCCAGUUGACGAGCCUGGAGAAAGGACUUAUUAUCUUUAUAUUGAUAGAGAUGGAGAACCUUGGGAAUGCAUCCAGAUCAAAGCUGAAUAUCAAUAA